AUGUCCAAGGUGGGGCACAAGCGUCAGGGUGAAAAGAGGUUGCCUCCGAUUCCCCAUUUGGCCAAUUUGGGUCAUGGUUCGACCAGUGAGGACCAUAGUGCUGACAUCUGGGCAGAAGGUAGUUCCAGUUCCAGCAGUUGGACUCACGAUUCUUUCAGGGUUCCAUUCUCUACCACCCUCACCACUUCAUCAUCAGCACUCGGGUUAUCCUUGACCACCCUUCCCAAUCCCAGUCUUUCCACUAUUCGAGCACCUUCCAGUCCCAGUGUGGCAAGUACGAACACCACAUCCUCCUUCCGUGGCAAGAAAAUAUUCCCAUCGAAAUCAGCUUUGAGGAGUGAUCUUUCACUUUCCGCCUUGAACAUGGAUCAUUCGGAUUCACCCGAUCACACUCGGCGCGUAAGUGAUGGCAGAGGAGUGGAGAAGAAGAGAUCAGCUCUGGCACUUGGAGGUAUCGCAAAAGGUUUGAACCGGAUGGGAAGCGUUAUGAAACGUAAUGCGUCAGAAGGAAGUAUACCCAGAGCUGUGGAUAGGGAUAAUGAGAGACAAAAGGGAAAGAAGAAAUGGAAUCCGAGUGAAUCUUUGCCAGAGGAGAUUAAUGAGUGGCAGAGCAUAGGUGUGGGCAUAAGUGUGGUACAGGAGGACGAAGGAGAUGCUGGCGUUUCUUUACCUUUCAACGUUGCCCAUGAACUCCAUGUCUCUCCAGAUCUAGGCAAUCUCCCUCCCGCUUGGAUCUCUUCCCUCCGCGCACAAGGAAUGACAGAAGCCGACAUUCUCCUCAUCGCAGCCACCAAAAAGAAGCAAACUUACUCUCAACCCAUGCUUCGUCUUGUCAAAGGCUCAGAACCACCACGCGUGCGAGACUUUGCAGCUUCCUCCUCAUCUGAUAGACUUGGUCCACCUGACGGAUCGCUCCGAGAAAGAGGAGCAUCAACUCCCACGCCAGUCACUGAGUUACGGGCUGCCGGUAGUAUCUCCAGUCAAAAGAAGAAAGAUCGGACUCAUCAGAGAAAAGCUAGCGAGAUGUUGCAAAAAUUCUCUUUCGAGACUUCGAGACCCUCAUCCCAAGAGUUAUCCGGAUCGGUUGAAUCCACCCCACCGACUCCGGAACAACGGGCGGACAAGCUUCCUCCCACGAUUCGACUUUCUGGCGCGACAAUCACACGAGUAAAGGACGAAAUUUUGACAAAGAAUGAUUCUUCAGGAUCUCGAUCUCCCCGUACACCACCAAAAGGAGAAAGGAAACGUCUCUCCAAACAUGAGGUGCCACGAGGACUCAGCAGUGAAGAAGAAACCACAUCUCAUUCCGCUCACUCUGCUCAUCCGACAGAUAGCGAACCGGAACCCGAAUCAGAUGUUGAUGCUGUUGAUCGUGCGUUCACAUUUGUUGACAAGAAUCAGCGGGAUAAAGAUAAGAAAAGACUGUCUGAUCAAAUCAGAGGCUUUGGUAAUCUAAACUUCUCGGAUGAUGGCGACUGGGCGGACGGUCUUUUGAGUGUCGUCAAUGGUGGAUUGAGUAGAGUGGAUGAGGCGGGACCCGCUCAGACUUCCACAUGGCGACCUCUUUCGCCAAAGUCUAAUGGGAAGAGGGCUUCAAGACGAAUCCAACCUCACGACUUCUUUGCCUCAUCGACACCUGGGAUUGCCAGCACUCCCCGACGCCAUAGCAUCAAACCUGUCGAUAACUCCGUUGAUGACGGCGAGAAAAUCUGGCCACGCUCUCCUCCGCCUCCCAAGCGAGAUAGGAAUGACAGGCGACAUUCCAACCUCUCAUCUCAAAUUACGAGCAACUCUCAGCGUCCUUCCCUGGCAUCCCUAGAUCGCGCUUCUCGUCCUUCCUCUCCGAACCCGGAUCCAGAUGUCCCAGUCAGUUCGUCGGAAGAUUUCCCAAUACGUAAAUCAAGCGACAGUUUCGGUGUGCAUUAUUCCAAGAUUCGCUCGUCUCCCGAUCUCAACCUGGUGACGCCUUCGACUCAUCGUCCUCCUUCUGCAUCUUCCAGUGGUGGUGUGACUCCUCUCCAAAAGUCUUUCGAGGGGACUGCCAAACAAGAAUCUUCUCGCUCGACAACUUCUUCCGACGUAGACGAAGAUACUUCAUCUGGCGUGCUCGUCCACCAAUUUCCCCAGCCCCCAGAAGAUGGAGAUACACGUGGUUCGUUUGGCGCGGAAACCCUCACUUCUCCUCUGGCAAACGAUGUUGACGACAACGAUCAGUGGGAUAGUUCAAGAAGAGAGUCUCGCCGCUCGAGCGAAGAAACGGAGAAUGAAAGAGAUUGGUUCGCUAUAGCCGCGGAAAAGUUCAAACAUCAUCCUCAUCCUCAUGUAUCCGUUCCAGCUUCGGCAGUGGCGACGGACGAGUUUUCCUCUCGACCUGGUUCGCCCACGACGCCUGAGUCUCCUCCGCCUAUGCCGUUACCGUUACCUACCGCAUACACCCAACCUGGAAGAUCAACACCUGUGGACAGUCUUGUGAAUCCUCUACCGGUCGUUACACUUUCUCCCAAUGGACUGCUUCCACCAUACGCCCAAAUUCAAUCAUCUCGGAACUUAGAUGGAUCUCCUCCUGAACUUACCCAUCGACCAUCCACUCCUGUGCAACAUGGCGGGACACGUGCUGAAGCGGGUAGUGCAGAUUCCGAACAUACUGCCAUCUCCCAAGAUCUACUCUUUUUAGAACCACUCUCACCCAACAGUCAUCUCUCCCCUAGUUCCCGAACUAGUCUUUCGAGUCUAUCAAACCUUUCAAACCUUUCUGGAACCCGAUUAUCAGGUAUCGACCCUGACGAUCCUCUGAGGGAUUUAGACAAGGCAGAUGUGGCCGAACGUGCGUCGAUAGCACUUAGCAUCAUGUCAACCAAUUCGUCGCUCAGUUAUUCAUUACAUGAAGCGACGGUACAAAGAGCUUAUUCCCACAAUGCUCAGGUGUUGGUGAAAGUGAAAGAGGAUGAGGAAUGUUCGUCUGGUGAAUCUAGCGAACAAGCGUAUUUAGCUAGAAUCGUUCCCCAAGCAUAUCCUCAACCUCAUUCUCAAGUUCAAGAUCAUUCUAGAUCAUAUCCCAGUUCUCCGAGUUAUGCCAGUCGUAGAGAUGUCGUAGAGAGGACGGUCGGGAGACAAAUGUGGAGGGAAAUGGAAGGAGGAAGAGGUAUCGUAGGUGUUGGGAUAGGUCGAGGAGUGGAGAUCCCAUUGAGAAAAACUUCUCGAGAUAAUGGUGUUCCUUCGUCUGAACCUAGGGAAGAUGAUCAAAAGUCGUCUCAGUCUCGGGAAGAGGAUCAAACGUCGUCUCGACCUCGGGAAGAUGACCAGAAGUCAUCUCGACCUCGGGACGAUGUUCAGAGAGGAAAGGACGCUAAAGUGUCUAGUUCGGAUGGGGAGAGUAAAGGAGAAUGGGGAGCAAUGUUCGCUUUAGACGAAGCGGCCCGAGAGGUCGCUAGGAGUGAAAGAGGUUUAGUGGUGUGA